CUGCUAAAUUCUACCGCUUGGGGGCAGUGCUCUCUGUAGUGAAAUAUGGCUGACCAAAGGGUGGACAAACCUACUACAAUGAACAAACGCUUGGUUAAGGAGAUGGCUGAACUCCAGAAGAAAAUCCCUGACGGUGUUAACAAAGUGAUAGUCAAUGACCAGAAUGUCAAUGAGUGGUUUGCCGUGUUAGUUCCGGAGGAACCUCCAUAUUGCAAGGGCGCCUUCAGGAUCGUCAUCAACUUCCCUGCAGAGUACCCAUUCAAGCCACCAAAGCUGACUUUUAAAACCAAAAUCUAUCAUCCCAAUAUAGAUGAGAAGGGGCAGGUGUGUUUACCAAUAAUCAGCCCGGAGAACUGGAAGCCAGCUACGAAGACUGAACAAGUGUUAAAAUCCUUGGUGAAGAUGGUCCAGGAGCCAGAGCCGGAACACCCACUGAGAGCUGAUAUAGCAGAGGAGUAUACUGUCAACAAGAAAGUCUUUCAAAAGAAUGCAGAAGAAUUCACCAAGAAAUACGCAGAAAAACGGCCAUCAGAUUAAACGUAGUGCUCCUAAGACAUGUUUAAUAUCAUCAUUGAGGCUGCUCAUAUGCUAAUGUUAUGCUCUUGAUUCUGGUGACUUGGCCUUAGGAGACAAUCAUUGCAAAAUGCCUUGUUAAAAUCCCUUUGUUUUGUUAAUUGUGUUUUUGUUAAGAAAAUAAAGAUAACUUUGAGACAUUUUCAUUUGAUUUGUCAGGUUGAGCUUAUUGCCUCCAGGGUGUGGAGUUUGAAAAUAAUAGUUGUGGCUUUAAAUGUGGAAGAACAUUUGUGUAUGCAUGAGUACAUGGGAGGAUAUUAGUUAAGGAAACACGAGACAGGUCUUGUUAAAUUAUAUUGAGUCAAGGAUUAUAUAUAACUUAAAAUAAGUUAAGGACAAGUCGAUUCUUUCAUGUUACUAUAGCCAUGACAGAUUAACUAUAGUAAUAUGAAAGAAUCAGGUGGCCCUUAACCUUUUUUGAGUAGUAUAUUUAUUUGAGGCACAAUUUCAGUGUAUCCAGUUAUAUGAAAACUCUUCAACAUGUUCAAUGCCAGGUUUUUUUUCACCUGUUUUGGAUUGAACACUUUCACAAUGUUCAUGAUUGAUUUUUUUACUUUUGUCUGUUUCCUGUUCCUAUGGAAACCGUUGAAAAAUUAUUCACUUUUUUAAAAAUGGAUAACGGAAAUAUUUCCAAUAUAUAAUACAACCUUAUGUCACUGUUCAUGUCUUGAUUUCAGAAAUGGCUGUUUGUUCCGUUGUGCAUUAAAAUAUGUCCCUUGCUUAUUUUUUGUGAGAUGCUACUUUUUCUUUUUAACCAUCUGAUAUAUAACGGUGCAACAUAUCUGAAUAGUCAGUCAGUCAUCUCUCAGCAAUAUGUCCCAUUUGAUAAGGAUAUCCUGUUGGUUGGAUUAGAUUUGAUAGCUUCAUGCAUCCCUUCUCUGAAGAGGAACAUGGGUCAUCAUUGCAGUUUGCUGUGCAUCAUUGCUUCUAUUAACUAUGCUAGUAUGUGCUAGUGAUUCACAUGCUCGUGGGUUUUCCCAAGUGGUAGCCAUGAUAACAUGGAAACACUUUUCAGCAUACCUCACUUCUCAAUGUUAGCUCAAUUUGAAUUGCAUUCUGCACAUAUUUCCAGUGCUGUACAACCAUAGCUCACACACACAACCGGGGCGGUCGGUUGCCUAGUGGUUAAAGCGUUCACUCUUCACGCCGAAGACCCGGGUUCCGACAUGGGUACAAUGUGUGAAGCCCAUUUCUGGUGUCCCCGCCGCGAUGUUGCUGGAAUAUUGCUAAAAGCGGCGUAAAAUCAUACUCACUCACUCAGUAAAAGGCGACUAUGCCUGUUGUAAAAGGAGUCCUAAUGGGAUCGGUUGGUCAGGCUCGCUGACUUAGGUGAUGGAUGUCCUUGAUCCCAAUUGCGUGGAUCGAUGCUCAUGAUAUUAAUUACUGGAUUGUCUGGUCCAAACUCGAUUAUUUACAGACCGCCGUCAUAAGCUGGAAUAUUGCUUCGUGCGGCUAAAACAACAAACCAACCAACCACUCACUCAGUAUACAAAAACUGUACCUGACACCCAGGUAUAUAGAACUACACCGUUCUAAGACCAAUCUGGCAUGUGUAUUUCACAAUAGUGACAAAGAUGAAAUCAGUAACAAUUUAUAUGCAUUUAUUCACGGCAAGCCACCUCAGUGGCUUAAUCUAAGAACAGGAAUGCCAAUCUGUCGCUGAUCCAACCUAAUGUCUUGAUUACUAAUGUGUUCGUGGGUUGCCUAUGCUUUCUACACUGACUAGCAAUAUAUACUGUUUAAUAACAGUUAAGGACCACCUGAUAUUUCAUGGGUGGUCCUUAACUUUAAUUGAGUAGUACCAGACACCUAUGAUUGUGGGUUCGAAUCCCGGUUCGCCCCGAAUCUGUUUCUAGAUUUGCCAGCACCAUACCCGUGCUUGUGGGUUUCACCGAAGUGGUAAAAGUCUGAGACCUGCAUCACUUCGGGCUUUCCUCCCACAUUAAGUUGACACGCCCCGAUAUAACUGGAAUACUUUUAAAAGUGGCGUUAAACCCAACUCACUCACUCACUCACUCACUAUUGAGUAGUAUAUUUCUUUGCAAUUAGCAUUGUACAGUAUUAGCACCUACGUUCACUUUUUUGUAUUUGAUUGAACCCAACCAAAUGGCACUCAUAAUACGUUUGUUAAUCCAUAUCUCGUGACCAGUGCUGACACUGGAGAAGAACUUUGAAACAAACUAUAAAUUAAUAUAAAUGUUUAAGCGGAAACAGACUUGUCAACACUAUUGGAAACCCACAUUAUGGUUUUGUCUGAAAAUUAACAUUGCUAUCCUGGAAAGAUUUUUUUCGGUUACGUUCUUCUUUUCUCUUACAAGCCUCUGUUGAUGAAUGAGCGGAUGCAAAGGGUGUUUUUUGCAAUGGUGUGGAAUGUAUCUCCAAGAGCAUAGCAUUGGCGCAUUAGAUCAGCUGCAGUUUCAUCCUGCCAAAUUGGACCGACACAAUAUCAAGACAGGGUGUCCUCUGUAUAAUAUUUUGUACAUUGUUUUCAUAUUUCUUGAAGCUUUGUAUUGUCAUCUUCUUUUGAAAGUUUCCAAGUAGGAUUUCUAAAACAUUUGUUGAGGAGGAGGGGGGAUUAAUGAUCUCACUGCAGUUUCAGGGUCUAAAUGGUAACAUGGCACUCAUCAUCUUUGUCUCGGCAUUUUAAGAAAAAUAUUUUGGUACUUCCUUGGAAAUUUUCACCCACUGUGACAUUCGUUUUGAACCAAACCUAUCUAUCAGUUACUAUGAACAUGGAUGAACUAUCUCUAGUUUUGUUCCAGUUUGAUGUUGGAUAAGAAAUCUGUAAAAAUAGUUCACCGUUUUCCUCAUUCCCACUUUCACCUGAUUUAUCAGUGAUGCAUCCUCUGAUCUAGGUUUCUACUCCUAUGGUAAUAUUUCAAGUGAGAGUUGUAGUCUUGACAACGGUUGACAUCGUCUCUGUCAAUGUCACAUUUUAAAACUUAAGCUUUAAGAUGAAUAAGAUUCAGGUAUUGUAUUUAAAGAUGUACGUUCUCUUCAUACUGUGUACUAAGUGUAUCACAGCACUUGUAAAACAAGUGUUUGGCUUGUCUAUUUUAAGAUGUUGGUUCUUUGAAUUCAUGUAGGAUUUCUGCUUUGGAGAGAGAGCAAAUAUUUAAGUGAUAAAUAUUGAGACUGGCAAGAAUGGAUGCACUGAUCAAGUCUUAUGUCAUCGUUUUGUUCAUUUCUGCAAUAAAUAUUUAUCAAGUAACA